GUCCCGCCCCCAUCUGUCUGUGCCAUCUUGAACAAAAACGGUGGCUGAAUCAAGGCCAAGAGAAAAAUUGGGCUUAUGUUUGAAAUAAAGUUUUAAAGGAUAAUUAUCCGAUCAUCGAUGGGACAUUAGACCCAGAGUUGGAGCUUCGUGGCCAAACACCAGCCACACCCCGCACAGGCGCUAACGUUGCAAGCUAGCAGGGCUAAAGCUAGCAGUGUAUCGGAUGUUAGCAGCGGAGAGGAGAGCGGAGCUAACGGGCGAGUCAGGAGCGACCGGCGGGCCUUUUCUGAAGCACAGCCCGGUCAAUUUCAUUGGAGGUAUUGUGGUGAAGAUGAGCAAACACCGUGUUGAUUUGCUGCUGCAAUGAGGACAUUCGCUCGUUAGCUGGACUGCUAUCGCUGGUUUUUCGUUCCAGAGCGGAACCACAAUAAGCCGCGGCCCUGGCCAUGCCCUCGAGCGCACGGGCGGGCAAUCUUAAGGACCCGGACGUGGCGGACCUCUUCUGCAGAGAUGACCCAGAGAAGCUGUUUGCUGACCUCAGGGAGAUCGGCCAUGGCAGCUUUGGAGCUGUCUACUUUGCCAGAGACGUAUGCAACAAUGAAGUGGUGGCCAUCAAGAAGAUGUCGUACAGCGGCAAGCAGACAAACGAGAAAUGGCAGGACAUCAUCAAGGAGGUGAAGUUCCUGCAGAAACUUCGCCAUCCAAACACUAUUGAGUAUCGUGGAUGUUACCUGAAGGAGCACACAGCAUGGCUGGUGAUGGAGUACUGCCUAGGCUCCGCCUCCGAUCUCCUAGAAGUUCACAAAAAGCCCCUGCAGGAAGUUGAGAUUGCUGCUAUUACCCACGGUGCACUGCAGGGACUGGCGUACCUUCACUCUCACAACAUGAUCCACAGAGACGUGAAAGCAGGCAACAUCCUGCUGACGGAGCCAGGCCAAGUUAAACUGGGCGACUUUGGCUCCGCCUCCAUCGUGGCCCCGGCCAAUUCCUUCGUGGGUACGCCUUACUGGAUGGCUCCAGAGGUGAUCCUGGCUAUGGACGAGGGUCAGUACGAUGGCAAAGUGGACGUGUGGUCGCUGGGAAUCACCUGCAUAGAGCUGGCGGAGAGGAAGCCGCCCCUGUUCAACAUGAACGCUAUGAGUGCCUUAUACCACAUCGCUCAGAACGAAAGCCCCGUCCUGCAGUCCAAUCACUGGUCCGACUCCUUCCGCAACUUUGUGGACUCGUGUCUACAGAAGAUUCCGCAGGACCGGCCCACCUCUGAUGUGCUGCUCAAUCAUCGCUUCCUGUGUCGCGAGCGCCCGUUGACGGCGGUUAUGGACCUGAUCGCUCGCACCAAGGAUGCUGUACGAGAGCUGGACAACCUGCAGUACCGCAAAAUGAAGAAGAUCCUCUUCCAGGAGACCCAGCAGAACGGCCCUGUGUCUGAGGGAGGAGAGGACGAGGAGGAGGCGGAGCAGUACCUGUUGAGGACAGGUACAGUCAACAGCAUGGAGAGCUCCCAGUCCGUACCCAGCAUGUCCAUCUCAGCCAGCUCCCAGAGCAGCUCCGUCAACAGCCUGGCCGACGCCUCAGACGACAGCAGCGGCGAGAUGGCCAUGAUGCAGGAGGGCGAACACACGGUCACGUCCAACAGCUCCAUCAUCCACCGGCCCACGGCUCAGGACAACAUCUACGAUGACCCUUACCAGCCAGAGCUUGAGCAGCCACAGGCGCCCUCUGCGGGCCGCCACCGAGCCUACUAUCGCAAGCGUGACCACUUUGCCACUAUCAGGACCGCCUCCUUGGUGACCCGGCAGAUUCAGGAGCAUGAGCAGGGCUCUGCGCUGCGGGAGCAGAUGUCUGGAUACAAGCGCAUGAGGCGGCAGCACCAGAAGCAGCUGAUGGGCCUGGAGAACAAGCUGAAGGCGGACAUGGACGAGCAUCAGCUCAAGUUGGACAAGGAGCUGGAGAACCAAAGGAACAGUUUCUCUUCUGAAACCGACAAGUUGGUCAAGAAGCACCAGGCCAUCUUGGAGAAAGAGAUAAAAGCUGCUCUGGCAGAAGAGAAGAAGUUCCAGCAGCACAUUUUGGGCCAGCAGAAGAAAGAACUGACCAGUUUGUUGGAGUCCCAGAAGCGUCAGUAUCGUCAGCGCAAGGAGCAGCUUAAAGAGGAGCUCAACGAGAACCAAUCCACUCCCAAGCGGGAGAAGCAGGAAUGGCUGAUCCGCCAGAAGGAGUGUCUGCAGCAGAUGCAGGCGGAGGAGGAGGCCGGUCUGCUGCGCCGGCAGAGGCAGUACUACGAGCUGCAGUGUCGCCAGUACAAGAGGAAGAUGCUUCUGGCUCGACACAACCUGGAGCAGGAUUUACUCCGUGAGGACCUGAACAAGAAGCAGACCCAGAAGGAUCUUGAGUGCGCCAUGUUGCUGCGCCACCAUGAGUCCACGCAGGAGCUGGAGUUCAGGCAGCUGGGCUCGGUGCAGCGAACGCGGGUGGAGCUGAUCCGAACGCAGCACCAGACCGAGCUGACCAACCAGAUGGAGUACAACAAGCGGAGGGAACAAGAACUUCGACAGAAGCACACGGUGGAGGUCCGGCAGCAGCCCAAAAGUCUGAAGUCCAAAGAGCUGCAGAUCAAGCGGCAGUUCCAGGAGACCUGCAAGAUCCAGACCCGUCAGUACAAAGCCUUGCGGAACCACCUGCUAGAGAACACGCCCAAGUCGGAGCACAAGGCCGUAUUGAAACGCGUGAAGGAGGAGCAGACCCGUAAGCUGGCCAUCUUGGCCGAGCAGUACGACCACUCCAUCAACGACAUGCUGUCCACUCAGGCUGUGAGUAAGCUGCGACUGGAUGAGACCCAGGAGGCGGAGUACCAGGUGCUGCACAUGCAGCUGCAGCAGGAACUGGAGCUGCUCAAUGCCUACCAGAGCAAGAUCAAGAUCCACACGGACACGCAGCACGAGCGCGAGAUCAAGGAGCUGGAGCAGAGGGUGUCCAUACGCCGCGCCCUGCUGGAGCAGCGGAUCGAGGAGGAGAUGCUGUCCCUGCAGAACGAGCGCUCGGAGCGGAUCCGCACGCUGUUGGAGCGUCAGGCGCACGAGAUCGAGGCCUUCGACUCGGAGAGCAUGCGUCUGGGCUUCAGCAACAUGGCGCUGAGCGGCAUCCCAGCCGAGGCCUUCAACCAGGGCUACCCCACCCCCAGCCCCUCCUCGGGCUCCGGGGGCUGGCCCUCGCGACCCGUCCCUCGCUCGGGCAGCCACUGGAGCCACAGCGUGCAGAACUCGGUGGCCACGCCGUCCUGGCGCAGUCAGAACCACGGCGGGGGCGUCUUCGCCCGGACGGAGUCCGUGGUGUCAUCGCACAGUUUCGGCAGGGACGGCGACGCCAGCAAGACCGGAAGGAGCCACUUGACGGCGCCGCAGCAGCACUACCAGCACCACCAGAGCACGCCGCACCUUUACCGUGACGACCGCGAGCGGGCUAGGGAGUGGGUGGGAGGGGGCGGCCAUUAUUCCCAUCACUCCCAGGGGCACCAUCACCACCACCAUCACCUCUCCUCCCACGCCUCCUCGCAGUCCCUUGCUCUGCUGCCCCCCCCAUCCGGGCCUCCUCCCCUGGCCCUCUCCUCCUCCCCGCCCUCCUCCGCCUCCUCCUCUUCCUCCUCGUCUCAGGGAGGCUACGGGGGCGGGGGGCUCGGGGUCAGGGGCCCCGGCCUGAUGGCGCUCAGGAACAGCCCCCAGCCUCUGCGCAGGACGGCCUCGGGGGGCCCGGGGGGCGGCGGCAGUGACGGGGGUCUGAGUCGGAGCACAUCGGUCACGUCCCACAUUUCCAACGGCUCGCACCUGUCCUACUCGUGAACGCAACAUGGCCGCCGUGGCUCGUCGCUUGGUCCCGUGGCCCCACUUUCAGACGGCGCACAACAACAACUUUGAGGUUUUCUUGUCUGAUCCUCGCGCUCGUGCACAAACUGUCCCUCUCAGCUAGCUAGCGGUGCUUUUAAGCCACGCCCAAUUUGUACAUAGAUGAGUGGAAGUCAGAUAUCAACAAAAACAAACGUCCCUUCGCCACACCAACAUUUUGGGAAAUAGCUUAGCUUAGCACACGGUCCAUAUAUGUUAGCAGUGCUCUGCUUUAAAAGCUUCCCAAUUACGUAAUGCGACAUGACACUAGCUUAGCUUUUUGCUCCGUAUUCUCACUAGCUUAGUUAGCCCGGUGUCUGCGCCUUGCUUUUUAUCCCCACUUCUUCAUUUAAAAAAAGUUAUUUUCAUAACUGACUUUGAACAUUUAUAUGUGUGAAGGGAACAUCACAGUAUUUUUACGGCGCACGUUACCAUGGCGACGUCUCUAAGACUUCCGAAGGAUUCCCGGUAAAUUUCCCAAAAUGUUGAGUGGCGCUUUUAAAGGCGGGUGCACGCCAUGUAUUUAUAGAAGUGUAUGUAAAUGUGAAGCUGUUGUAAAUACGAGCACUAACUCCAACUGUCUUAGUAAGAAUAAGGAUUCUUUUGUCAGCUGAAGACAACUAGAUGCUCUCGUUAUUGCUACUACUGUAAUAUUUAUGUUGUAUGACAAGUUUUUGUUAAAUGUGACUGCCAAUUUUGACCACUAGGUGGAGAAUCAGCGCUGUGUGGCGUUACGACUACAUUUUCCAGCAUUCCUUUCUUCUACUUUGCGUCAGUAUUACGACGCUUUGGUGCCAUCCUCAACUUGAUCUUGCGUUUUGUGGACAAAAAAACACCUCAUGUCGGCUUGCGAAGAAGACCAGCUAGAACGUGGGAAGCAUCAGGCAGGAAACAUAUUUUGUUGUCACGUCUACCUAAUUUGCACAUUCUCAGACCUUGUUUGGAGACCAUUUAGCUGCAAAUGUUGCAUUUCAUGAAAGAACGUGAAGAGGAACAGGAAUGUCCGGGCGCUUUCCGGCAGUUGUCAUGGCAACGUCCUCCAUGUGAAGAUUAUUUUUCUAGUGUUUCGAAGAGAGGAAGAAAGCAGAAUAUUUGGGGUAGGAAGCCUCGUAGGGAACGUCAAACAUAUUAAAGGAGUAAACUUGACAUUUCCUCUGUGAAAGUUGUACAGAAGCGUAAUAACAAAAUACUUUUGGAAAAAUAAACAACAGUACAUUGCGCUAUUGUUUGAGUACUUCAUUCUAUAACUUAGGCGUG